GACCGCCAUUUUCAAGCAUAUAUAAUUCAACUUCCGGUUUCGCCGCAUCCCAAGAAAACAAAAGCCCUAAUACUUGUCCAAAUUAAUAAACUUGCCAUUGUUGCCAACCCAUAAACAAACAAAAUACAACAUGAGUCUAGAAGAUGAAGUAUUAAAAAUAGGGAAGAAGCUCGAGAAAAUGAUUACGAGCGAAACGGUGGAACACUCCAGUUCUCUAGAUUUGCUGAAAUCAUUACAGGAAAAGAAACUGAAUUUAAAUGUGUUACAGAAAACCAGAAUUGGGAUGACAGUAAAUAAUUUUAGAAAAGGAUCAAGAAAUGAUGAAGUUAUAUCCCUGGCUAAAAGUCUGAUUAAGAGUUGGAAAAAACUCUUGCCAGCAGAAAAUACACAGUCAAAUAAUAAAAAUGGAGAAACCAAAAAAUCAACAUCAAAUUCUCCUGAAAAUUCACAAGAUUCAGAAAUGUUAGAAUCACAGGAAUCAGUUGAUAAUUCUGAAGAAAAGUCUGAAGAGAAACAGGAAACAAAAGAACCAACAACGCCUGUAGAUAUCACAGCGCCCUCUACACAUGAUCCUGUACGAAUAAAAUGUAGAGAGUUAUUAGCUAAUGCAUUAAAAAUAGAAUGUAAUGUUGUUUCUUCGUCAAGUCCUGACGAUCUUGCCGCCCAUGUUGAGGAAUACAUUUUUCAAGAAUUUAACAAUACAGAUAGCAAAUAUAAGGCACGGGUUAGAAGUAGAAUAGCUAACUUGAAAGAUGUUAGAAAUCCCAAACUAAGAGAAAAUGUGCUGUGUGGUUUAGUUUCUACUGAAAGAAUAGCCAGCAUGCCAACAGAGGAUAUGGCCUGUGAUAAGAUGAAAGAGUUGAGAGCCAAAUACACAAAAGAAUCUAUAGAUGAUCAUCAGAUGGCAAAAACAGAAGGGACAACGACAGAUUUGUUUAAAUGUGGAAAAUGUGGAAAAAAUAAGUGUACAUAUAGUCAGAUGCAGACAAGAAGUGCUGAUGAACCUAUGACAACAUUUGUGUUCUGUAUGGAAUGUGGUAACAGAUGGAAGUUUUGCUGAGGAAAGGUAUAAGCUGGGAAAGAAACACAGAGAGAGUUGUUCCAUGGACAACCAAAAAAUGGAUCAAUGAAUUACUAUCAAGAAAUGUACAUUACAUUUAAUUUGUACAUAGAAAUUAGGGCAUGGCCAAAUAACUACAAUUAAACAUAAGUUAUACUGUAUAAAUAGUUCUGCUGGAAAAAUUGUAAAUAAUAAGACGGUAACGGUAACACUGUUUCAAUGAUAAAUGAAUUACAAUUAUAAAGAACAUGUAACUUAAAUUAUUUGGUUCUCAGACACCAGAGAAAAUAAAUCUGUUCACUUUUUUAUGAUAAAAAACGAAAAUAAACAGCUUGUUGAAAUUCCUUCUGGUUUUUGAAGCUUGAAUUACCUCUCUUCUUACUAUUGGUAGUAUUUUAUUUUAUGUGCAUGCCUUUUUUUUUUUAAAGCAGCAGGGUUUAUUGGCAUUUAAUCAUGAGAGGUAUGGUUUAAAACUGAUACCAUUACCAAUCAGAACUUGUCUUAAUGAUAUAUUUCCACAAAUGAUGAAAAGAAUAAUCAGAUGAAAAUUACUUUCCAAUGCAGUUGAGUUCAUAGGCUGAAAUAUGUUGGGCAUGAGUAAGAAAAUGACAGUCAGAAACAGUUCAAAGUAAACAAAUUAUAUGAAUCAGUCACAGAAAAUGAGUGGCAACUGAUUGCAUAUAACAAGUACAUAUUUUCUUUUACAAGUGUUUUAAGAAACCUGUCUGAGAACCUUUCAAUUUCACAAGUCCUAAAGGUGUCCCUUGUCAGAAUACUUAAGUUUAUGAUAAAUAUUAUAUAUGUAUAUAUACACAGAGUUCUUGUUAAUGAUAGUAAAAACAGUAAAAAUCCAAUCAUGUGAUCUGAUUUCUAAUAGAGUGUUGACAUAUUUUGUUAGGUAUUUAUUAUAACUGUAUAAUACACCACAAAGCAUUUUGAGCUUUAGUUUCAUCUCUAUGAAUAAUAAGCUAGAUUAAUAUUAAACCUGAAUAUUUUAGAAAUAUUUUUAGCAGAAAAAGGAAUAAAAAUACGUGCAUGUUAUAUAAUGGUUUGUAAUUAUCAACACAAACAGUGGGUGUUUUAGGAUUAUUUAGGAUUAUGUCAGCUUUAUUUUUUGAUUUAUUACCUGUGUAAUCAGUAGAAUUCCUAUAUGUUCAUCUUUUAUUUCACACCAUUUUUGUAUAAAAUUACAUAACAUUUCAUAUUUUUGUGUUUGUUUCAUCUUGUGAAAAAGAAUUCUAAGUGUUUUAUGAACUUUCCUGGGUAGUCAAUCUUUUUUCUAGAAAUCACAUUUUUUUUUACUUUAGUAGGUUUCAUCAGUUAUUUUUAGAAAUAUGUAAGACUCUUUAAUUUAAUUUUUUUGCCAAAGUUUGGUAUUAUAGAGUGUGUUCCUUCAAAUUAAUGCCAACAAUAAAUAUGCAGAUUUGUGAAAAUAUUGAAUACAUUAAUACUUAUGACUUUCAUAUAUAUACUAUAUAUAUAUCAGCUGUAGUUAGAGGAGAGGAAAGAUGUCUUUCUUUAACAGGAAUAACUAAGAUCAGAUAUUUCUUUUCUGAAGCUAUUAAUAGUACAUGACAUAAUCAUAUAAAAAAAUAUGUUAUGUUUUUCCCUUAUAGAAAUUGGAACAGUUAUAUGGCAGCUUUAGAAAUAAACUUACAAUACCAGCCUACCCUUGGUAUUAUUUCAUGAAUGUUUCAUUCUUACUGUAUAGUAAAGUGUUGCUGCUAUGUGUUAAAUGUAAAUAAACUUGUUUAAUUUUA